UGUAAAAUCUGGAUGAAAGUUCUUGUAACCUUUACGGAAAUAAGAGCACCGAAGAAACUCCCGCUGCCCGUCCUUUACGCGUGUGCACAUCCAUGUUUCUGCAUGACUGUGUUUGUCUUUCCAUGUAAGACAAUGUGUUCGCGUCCGCGUUAGUGUGUGCGUGCCAGCGACAAAGCGAGGGAGAGCGAUAGAGCAACAUCAGCAGUGGCUGGGGGAAACCGGAGUGUGUGACGACGGUACGGCGGAGAGAGAGAGAGAGAGAGAGAGGGAGAGGAGAGAGUCGGAUGACACGCACAUACACACCCUCUCUGCUUCUCACAUACGGAGGAGAGGAGGACAGCGAAGAGACAGAGAGGAGAACGGAGGAGAGGGGGAACGCGCAGAGAAAGAGACCCGGGGAGAAAUGCCUGCUGGACGGAUGGAUUUUAUUUUCCCCGAGCUGAACGAGCCUCUGUAAGACAACAUGGGCUGCAUAGGAUCCCGGACAAUCACAGCGGAUGCCGUGCCGGUACGGAAAGAUGGGGAUCAGCAUGGCCGUGCCGAGUUUUCCUGGGAAGGAAUCAAUUUGUCCAUGGAGGACACUACUUCCAUUCUGCCUCGUCUCAAGAGGAAGUCCACCAACACCUAUGGGAUCGGUGCCCUGGCUAAGUCCUCUCUGUCAGGUGUGUCAGGUGUGACUCGUUCCAUGAAGGACAAGGUGACCAAGCCCACCGCCAUGGCCCAGGGUCGAGUGGCCCACAUGAUAGAGUGGCAGAGCUGGGGCAAACCAUCUGCGGGGCCGCUAGGGGGAGCGGGCCAUACCAACCUUCAGAGGGAAAAGGAGAGGAGGAUGGAGAACGACGCUUACAGUGACCUUAGCGAUGGCGAGAAGGAGGCUCGCUUUGCUGCAGGCAUCAUGCAACAGUUUGCAAUUUCUGAGGCGACUCUGUUUGGUUGGAACUCGAUGGACGGGGAGAGCAUGGGAGCCGGCUCCAACCAGGGCAGUGUCGCCCACCUGAGUGAGGUCAACCAGGAGAGCAUCACCAGCAGAGACCAGGUGCUCCAUCACUCCUCUGCGGAUGUCUGGCCUCACACCUACGUCUCGCAGGGCCUGUACUGCCUGUCGUCUUCUGACGCCUGGGACCCAAUCACCAGCCAGCCCUCGGGCGUGGCCUCGCCUGCUGCAGGCUCCUACAUCAUGGCUGCCGGUGGCAGCAAUGGAGCAGGAGGCACACCUGGUGAGGGGUACGAGGGGACAGUAGGAAGUUACAUCCAGCAGCACCAGGUUCACCUCGCCCUGCAGCAGCAGAGUCAACUCCAACAGCUCCAACAGCUUCAUCACUACCAGCAGCAACAGUUCCUGCAGUACCAACAACAGCAGCAGUCUAUGGAGCACAGGCUACACAGUGCCUCCCAUUCACUCCAAGCCACGCCCAAUAGCACCAUCCACAGCCUCGGUCCACCCACUCACCCUCGGCUAGCUGACCUGUGGGGAGCAGCGCAGGUUGAGGCACAUCAGGUGGAGAUCGUUGGACACCUGAAUGCACAGAUGGCUGACAUGGUCGGAGGCGUGGUGGAGACGGUCGGAGAAGAGCCAGAGCCCGAGUCCGAAGACUUCCCUGAACAGCAUGAAGAGGAAGAGGAGGAGCUAACAAAGGUAGAAGAGGUAACAUUAACUUUGGAGCCAGAGCCGUGCUCUUUGACACCCUCCCCGCUGAGGGAGGACGCCCCUUCCACCAGAGGUUCAAGCCCAGGACUACCAGCACAGACCACCGAACCCGUCGCAGAGAGGAUACCCUUUGACGUCACACCCUGCGUCGUCCAGUCAUUGGAAGAGAAAGAUGAAGAGGCGGACGAGGGCUCCAUUGUUGUUGUUGCAACCAACUGAGUCAUUUGGACACAAAACACUGUCAAAAACUGGAAAUUAAUACUUCAAUAAUCAGUCAAGCUAUUAUCCCAACCCCUCCCUCUCCCAAAUAUUUACCUACUUUGAGGCCGAGGAAAUGCGACUUUUUUUUUUUUAGAUGGGAAUGUGGGAUGUAAUGUACACUAUGGCCAAGGAGACACCCCCACCACCAGUCUAGUAUGGGAAAUCUGGAAUAUCACAUAUAUGAGACUAAUUAAAUCUAAUUUAAGGCAGAAGAGAGACUUGAAUUCAGUGACUACUGAAACGAGCUGUUUGAGAAUAAAGAUGGAUUCAAUAAAAAGUUUGGACUGACUGGACCAAAGAACCAGGACUGAAAGCCAAACUGGCAACACAGGGAUGGGGUGAAAGUAAAAAGAAGGUAGGAUGAGAAGAAGAAAAGUUAAGGGCCUAUUUAUAAAUUCAGCGCAAUACAACAAACAUGGGCACAAUCAGGGUUUGCAAAUAAUUCAGAGUGGUUGUUUCAAGAUGCUUUCAGCAUCACAAGUAGGCUUUUGUUUGCAAAAAUAAAACCCCCUUCAAGGCCAGAAAUACCUGAUCAGAGAGCAGUUUGAUUGGCUAAUUAAUGUGUUUAGGUUUGACUGACGGCUUGCCUGACACGGAGCUGAGAUGUGUUGAUGAGGUAAAGACGGCGUAAUCUGGAACGCAUGGCAACCUGAGACAUGCACUUGGAGUUAUUUGCAAACACUUGCUCUGGACACAACCAAAAGAAAGUGCAUGCUUUUUAACAGUGAACUAGCCCUAACAGUAUAACACAGUAUACAAAGUAAUAAUAUAUCAAAUUGCUUUUUAUAAUAAAAGGGAAAAAAAUCAAAUAAACCGAUAUGUAUUUGUAUGAAUGUAACACUGUAUGUAUGUUUGUAUGAAUGUAGCUUUGUUUGUGUGUAAAAUAUAUAUUCUGGGAAACAAAUUCCUCUCUGUGCUGUUCUGUGCCAAAAAAGUCAUUUUUUCUCCUGUGAUGCCUUCAUUAAGAUAAUGUGUUACCUCUUUGCCUUAAUGAGCAACUUUCUAAACAGGGGAGAGCUGUCAAAGUUUAUGCAGGACACGAAGGCAGACAUGAAGCAAACGUGAGCCAUUUAUCAGCUGCUGACCCAACGCAUGAAAGACAACUAACCUUCAAGGUAAAAAAAACAAAAAGGAAUAAACAGGAGAACUAAUACAAAACAAAAUGAGACACAAGGAGGAUCAGACAUGAGAACACCGAGGGAACCAAACACAUAAACGUCCAACUCAAACUAGGAGCUGACGCUUAACACAGAUGAAGAAUUCAAAACUAACGCUAGAGCAGCAACCAUCUAAUCAGGAAUCCAAAACCAUAGCCAUAAAAACAGAACUCAAUUUUUAAAAAAAAGGUAAAAAUAAAGCUCAGCUGGAGUAACAAUGAAAGCACAAACCCAAACUAGAACAGAAAAUUACUAGAAAACCCUGAAGUAAAAACAGACUCCAGAAUAUCACAAGGAAUCAAACUCACUGUCAAAUAAAUAAUACAAAUUCUCAGAAUCUCCUUUGAGAGUCUGUAGUUUGACAGUGGGCGCUCCACUCUAGAGC